AUGGAUCUAAGCAAUAACGAAUGUCAAGCAUUAACAAAAAAUUUAACGAAAACUCCUCACUGCUCACAAACGUUCUCAGCAAACAACAUAAACUCAGAAAUUUACGAUAAAUGGUCAGACACGCUUGAAAAGCAUUCACGUCAGUAUCUUUUGAAUCGUAAAUGCGGGCCUCAAUCAAACUUACUUUCGUCAGAGAAAACAGGUCUUCUACAACAAGAUAUGAUUGAAUUUUAA